AUGAACUGUAAUGAUGCUCAGAAAGUGCAGUUUGGUACUCAUAUGCUAGAAAAGGAGGCUGAAGAUUGGUGGAACAAUACUCUUCAGAGGUUUGAAGAAGAUGGAAUUGAGGUUACUUGGGAUCUUUUCCGUGAUGUCUUCUUAGAGAACUAUUUUCCUGAAGAUUGUCGUGGGAAGAAAGAGGCUAUUGGUUACCAACAGAUUACCCGUUUUACUGAGUUAGUUAACAAGAGUCGGAUUUAUGAUGAGGAUAGUAGAGAGAGUGCUUCUCUCUACAAGAGUUUGAAAGGAAAGAAUCAGGAUCGGGAGAAACCGUAUGAUGACAAGAGGAAACAAGCUGGUUUUGGCAAGAAGCCAAGUUGGGGAAGAUCUUCUACUCCACUUAAGUGCUUCAAAUAUGGUGUUGAGGGUCAUAAAGCUACUGAGUGCAAGAAGGAGGUUACUACUUGUUUCAAGUGUGGCAAGUAUGGUCACAUAGCUACUAAUUGUAGAGGUGGUUCGAAUGUGACUUGUUUCAACUGUGGAGAGAAAGGCCACGUUAGUACAAAAUGUGACAAGCCAAAGAAGGAGCAAGCAAAAGGAAAAGUGUUCGCAUUGUCUGGUGCGGGAGCCACCACUGAUGAGAGGCUAAUUCAAGGAGAUUGA